AGGUGCUCUAGACCUUUGCGUCAUGAUUCGUGGUAACCAUAGAAACACUAACAGAACACAGAUAAUAUCUUCAGACUGUUUAAAGAACAGGAAAAAUUGGACAAUUAGCAUUGAAAAACGUUCGGCAACGACUGUGCUGAAAGCAUCGGGGUAGCCUGUCGUGCUCCUCCAACGUGCGAGUGACGUCAGAACUAGUCCACAGCGCAGACCGCUCACUCGAAAGAGCGUAGACGAACCUGCAGCUCACCGUCGCGCACACGCAGCCUCAGAACACAGCGCAGGUUUAGCUCGCAGCCCUAGUCGCAGGGACAGCGGGAGAGCAUGUGCCUGGAAACAGUGGGCGUGUGGCUGCGGUCGUGGGUGGUGCAGGCCAAGGCGAGGUUUCGUUACCGCAUCGACAAGGCUCACGCGGCCAGAGCCAGGAAGCGCUGGAUCAAGCGCCAGAAGUCGGUGAUAAGGGCCAAUUAUCAGCAGGAUUGUCACAGCGAUCCUCUGGACCACCUGGGGCACCAUCCCUACAAGCCCACUACCUAUGUGUCCGACAGCGAGGACGAGGAGUGUAGGCUCACCUACAACUCGGAUCAGGUGAUUCUCUAUCUGCCUUUUAGCGGCACUUUCACCGACACCAGUGCCUGGGUGAACGUUCAAAGUGUCUUUGUUACCUUCUGA